AUGGGCAUAGCCCGGUUUUUUUCCCUCAUUUCCGGUAUUACGCAUCCCGCACUUGAGGUCGGAUACCAUAUCAAGGCGUUUAAGGUUCAUCUUUGUUUCUUAGAUCCGUCAUCUGGUGUUCUUAAAUUUGUUCACAUUCGCCUUCGUCAUCUUCUCCUUAUCCAAUCACGACGGCUCACGAAGGAGGACAAGGAGAUUUCAAAGUCUGUCCUGUGGACGUUUAGGGCCAAGGAGGAGGAGAUCAAGAAGAAGAAGAAGAUGGAGGUCAAGAAGAAACUCCAGGCUGAGCUAGGUUGGAUUCAGAAGGAAAGCAAGCGAUUGGCUACCUGGAAAGGUUUUCCUUGUGUGUAUGCGUGUGUUCAAAGGCUUGAUUUCACGCUCAGCAGCUGCCUCCUUGACGAGGCACAUGAGGCCUCCCACUUCAUCCCUUCUAUGGUCGUCCAAGACAAGCUCAACGAACAUGGCGGCUACACUUUAGAGUUGGUUUUAGCUAAAGCCAUCAGAAUCGCCAAGGAACAAGAUGGAGAAGGUACAAAAACUGUUGGAGUAAUUAGCAAGAAAGAUCAAGAAUCUUCAUAA